UAAACGGCAGCGGCUGGAUGGCGGCGCGGCCGCGGCAGGCGCGCUGACAAGCGGGGCGAUCUGCCUGAAAGCGCGUGCAGUGACGAUGCACCAUGGGAGCGGUCCGCAAAACGUACAGCGUUCGCUGCAGAGAUCCAGAUCCUACACGGGGGGCGAGGGCGACGAACCCGCCGCUCUGGCCCAGUCUCCCGGCCUCAGCCCCGUCCCACACACCGUGGCCAGUCCCUCAGCACCGCAGUCCCCAAGCUACCAGAAACUGGUCAAGAGCCGGAGUCCAGUGUCUGCGCAGAAUGUGAAUAUAACACUUCAGAAUUUGGGCCAGGUGAUGGCAGGAAAUCAGCAAAUCACUUUGACGUCCCAUCCAAAUCAAAACCCAGUGUCUCCAGGGUAUCAGUACAGCUCGCAGGCUGUAGGACAACAAAGGCGGUUUGAACAUGGAUCACCGUCAUACAUUCAAGUUACAUCUCCCUUGUCUCAAAUCCAGCCACAGAGUCCCACGCAGCACAGUCCAGUAUCAAUGCAAGCAUUGCAAAAUGUUCAGCGGACAGGAACAGCAGCUGCAGGAUUGAACAUGUGUAACCAAAGUCCCACCCGAGGAUUUGUGGACUCUAAUGUGCUUGUUCGACAACUCAAUCUCAGCCCAUCAAGUACAGGACACUUUGUCUAUCAGGAUGCAUCAGGCCUUACUCAAAUUACUUCUAGUGCCAGUGGUCAGUUACAGCUUACUGCAUCUGCUUCAUCGGCUUCUGUGCAACGAGAACGCAGGCUCUCACAGCCUCACUCCCAUACUGGAGGAACCAUUCACCACCUAGGACCGCAAAGUCCUGUUGCUAGCGGUGCUAUGCAGCCUUUGCCUAGUCCUAGCCACAUUACAACUUCAAACUUGCCUCCGCAGAUCAGCAGCAUUAUACAAGGGCUUCAUGGGCAGCAGAUGACCAGAUCUGCAAAUUAUGAAAGGACUGCCGUAAGCCUAGCCACAGUGGUAGGCCCACCACCUUUUGCAAUGGGAUCACCUCCACCUCCUUCCAGCCCAUCACGGACUGCUACAUCUGCUUUGUGUCUGGCUUCCAGCAACAAUUGUGUCACAAUUAUGAGGAAACACUCAAAAAGGUUGGAAGAGAUUCCACCAGCAACGCCAGAGAUUGCUCAGACCAGAAAACAAUGUUGGGAGCAUCAUGUGUCUGAAACAGAGACUCUGAGGGAGACAUUUAAGGAUUACUUGGUUGAACUCUUCUUUCUUCAGCAUCUUCAAGGCAAUAUGAUGGACUUCUUAGCGUUCAGAAGGAAACCUUGUGUGCCUUUGAUGGCAUACCUGAAACAAAAUGAUUUGGAUCUCGAGGAGGAAGAGGAGGAAGAGCAAUCUGAGGUUAUUAAUGAUGAGGUAAAGGUGGUGACAGGAAAGGAUGGUCAGACUGGGACACCAGUUGCCAUAGCAACACAGCUUCCCCCUAAUGUUUCUGCUGCAUUUUCAACACAGCAGCAGCAACAGUUUCAGCAAACUCAUCAGGGAACCCCAGUGGCUGGCACUGCUAAUACAGUGGAGAUUGAAGCCUUCAAACGGCAGCAGGCAUUUACUCUAACAGAUCAGAGUAAAAGGCCACGGAUAGAGGGUGGUCGCCAUGGAAUGGUUUUCCAGCACACAAGUGUGACUUUAGGAUCUCCAGCUGUUGUUUCGCUACAACAACUUAUGCCAACAGUGCAGGGUGGAAUGCCUCCAACUCCUCAAACCCUACAGCUCGGUGGGCAGAAGCAAAACCAACAGCAGUAUGAUCCAUCAAAAGGCCCUCCAGUAAAAAAUGCAGCCACUUUGCACACGCCCCCACCCCAGCUGCCAGCUAGACUGCAGGCUUCAGCUCUAUCAUUGGCAUCACUCCCUGCCUCCCUACAGUUGGCACAACAGCAAACUGAGGUGCUGUUGCAGCCUCAGACCCAGCUUCACGCUCAAACACAGGCCUCAAACCUUGCUCAGGUUAAGCUGCAGCCACAGGCAAUGGGGUUUCCUCAGUCUCAGACUCAACUUCAGGUUCAGCUGCAGCAACAAGUACAAGCUUCACAUCAUGUCCCGAUGCAAACUCAACCAUCAGCACAACUCCAGCCCACAACAGGACACCAUUCCCAACAGCAGACGAUGACAUUAAUGCGAUCCACAAGCGAUUCUGGCCAGGCAUGCCAACGACUAAUUGCCAACGCACAGCCUACCUCAUCCAUGUCACAAGUGACCCUUCCAGGGACAAUAUCUUCAACUGCUGCACAUCAGAACCUGACUAACAGGACUUCUCCAGCAAUCAGCAAACCUAUGUCACCAAUCGCCCAGCCUAAACUCACCAAUCUCACCGUCACAGCAACACCAAAAACACAAACGCUAUUGCAAAGUUCAGCACCAGGCACACAGGAAACCAGUGCCCAAGACAAGGUUGUUGAGCAAGUGAAGCAGGAAAAUCAAAUACAUCAACGAAUUGCUGAACUUAGGAAGGAGGGUUUGUGGUCUGUGAGGAGGUUACCUCGGCUACAGGAAGCUCCACGAGCAAAGUGUCACUGGGAUUACUUGUUGGAGGAGAUGCAGUGGAUGGCGACAGAUUUUGCCCAAGAAAGAAAGUGGAAGAUGGGCAUUGCUAAGAAGCUUGCACGGACUGUUGUACGUCAUCAUGAAGAACAGAAACUGAAUGAAGAAAAGGCUAAAAAGGAACAAUGUGCCAAACUGAGACGAAGAGCCGCUGUGAUUGCCAGAGAGGUGCAGCAUUUCUGGUAUAAUAUUGAGAAGGUUGUAGAAGUCAAACUGCAGCUCUAUAUGGAAGAGCAGCGGAGACGAGCACUAACUGUCCGCAAGGAGUCCUCCAGCAGAGGAUCUUCAAGGGGCAAAUCAGAAAAGGAGAGUGAGGAAAUAUCGAGCAAUGAAAACAAAAGAAAAGCCAGUGUGUCGUUGCCUAGUGACGGGACUGCUGGGGAAGAAGUUGAAGACUGUGAAGAAACCAUGGAGGAACAGGAAGCUGCUGAAGGAAUCGUUGACCAUCAAACUGAGCUGUCGGAUUUGGCUAAAGAAGCUGAAAUUCCCCUGGAAGACUUGCUUCAAAAGUAUGCUGGUGCUUAUUCUGAAACCUUUGCCUGGCCUGGCGCAGAAUCACUUGACAGUGAAGAUGAUGAUUAUGACGAGGUUGAUGAAGAAUUGGAAGAAGAGUUUCAUGCUGAUCUGGCUCAUCCAGAGCAAGACGUGACGAUCGACUCGCUGCUUAGUGUAGACCAGUAUCGAGGAGCAGAGAGACUAAAUACAGGUCCAUCUGAAGGGAAGAGGCCAAGAAAAGACAUUGCAGAAGUUGCUGGUGCUGCUGAGUUGCCUCCAAAGGGCUUAGCUCGCUGUACAGCUCUGGUGAAAAGCUCAACCCCUCUCCUGCUCCACGGAAGCCUUCGGGAGUACCAGCAGGUGGGGCUGGACUGGCUGGCUUCGCUCAACAGGAGAAAGUUAAAUGGAAUUUUGGCAGACGAAACUCGAUUAGGCAAGACUGUGCAGAUCAUUGCAUUUCUAGCUCACCUUGCUUGCAAUGAAGGCAUCUGGGGCCCGCACCUUGUUGUGGUACGUACGUGUAAGAUGCUCGAUUGGGAAAUGGAAUUCAAGCGGUGGUGCCCAGGACUAAAGAUUAUGAUGUAUUUUGGCACAAGGAAAGAACGAAGAGGCAAGAGAGAGUGCUGGAUGGAGCCCAAUUCCUUCCAUGUGUGUAUCACUUCGUAUAAGUUGCUACUGAAAGACCAUCAGGCCUUUGUCAAGAAGAGGUGGAAAUACCUGGUACUGGAUGAGGUUCAACAACUUCGGAAUACAACUGAGCGACACUGGGAGGCUUUCUUUAAUCUUAAGAGCCAACAGCGGCUGCUUCUCAUUGGAACUCCUUUGCAGAAUACUCUGAUGGAACUGUGGACCAUGAUGCAUUUUCUGAUGCCUGGAAUUUCUAGGCAUUACCUGGAUUUCCCAGUGAAAACCGGCACAGAUGAAAACCAGGACUAUUGCCACAAAUUGGUGAUAAGGAUGCACAGGAUGAUCCAACCAUUCAUUUUACGACGAUCAAAAAGAGAUGUGGAGAAACAGCUUCCGAAGAAAUACGAGCACAUUCUGAAAUGUUGUCUUUCCAAGCGGCAGAGAAAUCUGUAUGAAGAUGUCAUGUCCCAAACCAGCACGAGAGAAGCUCUGAGGACUGGGCGAUUUAUAAGUGUUCUGAAUGCACUAAUUCAGCUACGAAAAAUCUGUAACCAUCCUAACCUGGUCAGUACCAGGUGUGUGCGCUCCAGUUUUGUGUGUGAGCAAUUGCAUUACUCGACUGCCUCGCUCGUGUUGAAAGCACUUGAGUAUGAUACUGGAAGAUGUCAACCUGGCUUUAAUGUAGAUAUGUCCAUAUUUAACCUGUCUGGAAUUGAGAAUAAAAGGCCUCGCUACGAGUCAGAGGUGGGAGUACCUCUACGCAAGGUGACCAGGAAGCUCAUUGAGGAAAUCUACAACUCUCCAGAUCUUCCACCCAGACCCAAGCCAGUUAAAAUGAAAGUUAGCAAGUUGUUUCAUCCAGUGCAGUACGGCCAGAAACCUGAUGAUAGGACUGUUGUAAUGGUCAGUGCUCACCCACAGCGUACAGCAAACACUGCCUCAUCUAUUGCCACACACCAUGUCUCGGCACGUGGCAAGCCUCCCGGGGUGGCUAUGUCAGCAGCUCCUGGCCAGGCAGCAACGCAGUCUCAGAUGACUCCAACCCCUGCCAGUGUACAAGGACAACAGCAGACGGUCAACAGCACGAGUGCCACUAGCACAGCCCUGAGCAGCACCCAGCAGGGACAGGCAGCUUCGCAGGCCCAGCAACAGGCCUCCAGCCACAACGUCCCAACAACCAAUGUGCUGCAUCAGAGGCUGGUGCUGACCUCUCAGGCCCAGGCACGCUUGCCUACAGGAGAAGUCGUCAGCAUAGGUCAACUCGCUUCCAUUGCUGGUGGCCAAGGCCGGGGAACACAGACCAGUCAGCCGGUUACACUGCACUUCCAAGGCAACAAGUUUACCCUGUCCAGCAGUCAGUUACGGCAGCUUACUGCAGGACAGCAUCUUCAGAUACAAGGUAAUGUUCUGCAAAUUGUUUCGGCACCUGGCCAACAAAUUGUGCGUCAACAAGGUCAAGUAGUGAUGCAAUCACCAUCGCAUGCCAAUGCAGGCAACGCACUCCACAGUGCAUCUGCUGCAUUAGGAAACCAACACGGGAUUGCAUCAAGUUCUAUUGCCACAUCUACACCAGCAUCAUUUAUCACAAGCAGAACCCUCUCAGCACCAAGUGACCAAGGAGUACCCUCAAAGCCUUCUCUUGGAUCUGCUGCACUGGACUCUGUAGAAGAAAAGAAAAGACUUACGAAGGAACGCUUAGACCGGAUAUUUGUAAUCAAUGAGCGCCGAAGCUCUGUGAAGCCUGUUUACGGUACUGAACUCUUGGGCAUCUGUUUUAUGAUGGGUGAAUAUAAGCUUCCGAAAUCGAAACCAACAUUACACUGGUGGGGCUGGUCCGGCUAUGUGAAUUGCUGCAGCGUGCAGCAACCUGAUGCUGACACCUUCCCGGAGGGGUCCUGGAAUCACACCGAGUCUUUGUCCAGCACAAUCCGGUCAUUUGAUCAGAGGUACAGCUCUCUGCGGAAUGUCAUUCAGAGCAUCCAAUGUGUGAUUCCAAAUGUGGUGGUUCUUCCUCCGAGACUGUAUAUCUUUAACCCGCCACCUACGUACACGCACAAGACAAGGCUAUUUAAUCAUAACCUUAAGCAAGAGCUGGCUCCAUACCAUCAACACAGGCCGCACAUUGCAGCAACAGCAGUGCUACAGUUAUCUGACCCGAGGCUUGUACAGUUUGACUCAGGGAAGCUGGAGGCCCUGGCUGUUCUGCUCCAAAAACUCCGAUCUGAAGCGCGCCGUGUGUUGGUCUUCACACAAAUGGUUCGAAUGCUGGACAUUCUCGAGAGCUUCCUGGAUUACCAUCGUUUUGUCUUUGUGAGGAUUGAUGGGAAUACGCACCUUUCUCAGCGACAGACACUGAUGAAACGUUUUAAUACAGAUAAGCGCAUCUUCUGUGCCAUUCUCUGCUCCCGCAGUGCUGCGGUGGGUGUCAAUCUUGUCGAUGCAGAUACUGUGGUCGUUUAUGACGGUGACUUGAACCCAACUCUGGAUGGGCAGGUGCAGGAAUGGUGCGACAGAAUAGGAAAUUGUAAAGAUAUCCACAUAUACAGACUCGUCAGUGGCAACUCUAUUGAGGAGAAGCUUCUCAAGAAUGGCACAAAGAAUUUGAUCCGAGAUGUGGCUUUGCAAGGAAGCAACUAUUCUAUGGCUUACUUACAACAGCAAACGGUUCGUGACUUAUUUGAGGUAACAGUUUUUGGCGAUUCUGCGCUAAAGGUGAAGACUGAGGAGUUUGUGGUGCUGUCCCAAGUGCCGUCCCUGGUAAACCAGAUAUCACCCAAGGAAACAAAACCAUUCUUGGAGGCUUUGAACAGCAUUGAACGGGAAAGUGGUGAUUGUAUCAAAUCUGAGCCCACCGCAAAAUUGGAAUCCAGUGAAGCAUUUGUUCAUUCUAACGCCAAGGAACGAUCCUUGAAGUAUGAAGGACCUUCACACUUGGAUGAAUUAGCUGCACUCGUUGAACAGCUUACACCAGUGGAAAAAUAUGCCAUGAAUUAUCUGGAGCUGACUCAAGCAUUCAUUACUCCAGAAGAACAGAGACCUCCUGAGGUUCAGGUGACAGCAGCUCAGCAGGCCUGGGAGUUUUCUCAGCUGCAGAAUAUAAAGAAGGAAAAGCAAAGAGAAUUAGAAGAGGACGAAAAUGGCCUACUGUUCACCUAUACCCGUGAGGACGCAUACAAUAAGGAAUAUGUGAAUGAAGGUGCAGAUGGACAGAAUGAAACAAUGCCUAUUUGGACUCCUCCAACUCCGCCUCAGGAUGACAAUGACAUCUAUAUGGAUCCAGUCAUGUGCCUAAUGUACGAGACAACAGCUAUUGCAGAAUCUAAACUUCCUCCGGUGUAUGUCCGCAAGGAACACAAGAGACUAAAGCUGGACGCCUCUGCUGCUGGGAAGAAGUUCAAGAAAGCUCGACAUGGCGAGGCAGUGUCCCCUCCACGCUCACUGUUUGACAGGGCAGCACCCUGUAUACUGAAGAUGCGGCGGGAGGCGAAGGAUCAGAAGAAGAACAUGUUCCUGAAACAGCAGGCGCCGUUUGCAAAGCCUCUGCCAUCGUUCAGCAAGCAAACUGUGGAUGGAGGGCAGGACAGCCCCGAGUGGCUGAUCAGUGAGGACUGGGCAUUAUUGCAGGCUGUAAAGCAGUUACUGGAGUUGCCUCUGAGCCUCGCCAUCAUCUCCCCCGCACACACACCCAACUGGGACCUCGUCAGUGAUGUUGUGAACUCCUGCAGUCACAUCUAUCGCUCACCUAAACAAUGUCGGAACCGAUAUGAGAAUGUCAUCAUCCCAAGAGAAGAAGGAAAGACUAAAAACAGUCGUCCACUGCGAACUAGCCAGAUCUACGCACAGGACGAGAGCGCAAUGCAUACGCAACGUUUCACAAGCCAUUUCGAGCUGGUGAAGCUUAUCGCUGGCAAAAGAAGUCCACCGAUCAAACCUAUGCUCGGUAUGAAUCCUUUCCAGAAAAAUCCAAAGAAUGCGUCAGUGUUAGCUGAGAGUGGAAUCAAUUAUGAUAAGCCAUUGACUCCAAUCCAGGUGGCAUCACUUCGAGCUGAACGUAUUGCAAAGGAAAAAAAGGCUUUGGCAGAGCAACAGAGAGCGCAGCAGCUCGCUCAGCAACAAGCUCAGCAGAACACACAGCCAGCCGUGCAACAGCAGCAGCCCCAGCAGCAAGCACAGCCGCAGGCAGUAGUGCAGCCUGCUGCAGCUACUGUUGCAAACACUGCGGUGCUGCAGACUGGAGCCAUUAAGACAGCAGCUGGUACAGCAAACAUACAGACUGCUACAGUGAGCGGCAAUGUUAUAGUCAAUACAGCCACAGGAAUACAACAAAGUACCUUUCAGCCUAUUAACAAACGAAUCACACAGCCAGUUAUUCCCGGGACACUAACAACUGCAGGAGGUACAGCUGCCCAGGUAGUGCAUGGACAGCAGAGAACUGUUCCCACAUCUGCUGCUACAGAAGUUGUGGCCAUAGCAACCAACCAGGGGGUCCGAGCUGCCAUAACUCCAGUUACAGCAGCUGUGGUAUCCACGAGCCUGUCUCCCGCACAGUCCCAGACCAGGUCACUGGUGACACAAGUUACACCAGUCACAGCCAACAGCGUCCAGCUCACCACGGGAAAGUCUAUCGCUCAGGCACAAAUCCAGCUCUUCAGACAACAAACGCCUCAGGUGCAGGUUCAGCAAAUCCAGUCCCAAUCCCAGACCCCGCUAAAGACGAUGCAGAAAUUACAGCCGGAACAGUUGUUGAAAUUCAAACAGAAGCAGCAGCAGCAACAAGUAACUCAGAGAGGCCCAAUGCAGACCGGCACAGUAGCAAACAUCCCAGUUGCUCGGAUCGCUCGCGUUCCUACAUCGCAGCUUCAAACUCAGACACAGCCAGCCUCGACCACACAAGUGACACUCGCCAAGCCCUCCGUCGUGCCUGUACCUGCAGGCGUCGUACCGUCUGGAGUAACAACGCUCCCGGUUACUGUCGCUGGGAUUAGUGUGGCUAUUGCUCAGCCCCAGAAAGGAACACCUGGUGUACCGGCAGGGGUGAAGACCCAUAACUUUCCAUCCAAGCAAGUGCAGCACCUUCUCAUGGUGAAGCAGCAGCAAACAGCCGGGUCCCAGCCGGGACAAGCAGCCAGAGCCACCCAGCAGAAGAUAACUGGCCAACCCCAACAACAGCAGAAAGUCACUUACGCACCACCUACUCAGCUCCAGCAAGGCCUCAAGCCGCAGUUCCUGAGCGUUGCACAGCCACAAAAGCAGAGUGGAUCACAACCGAUGCAGACGCAGAUUCAGGUUACAAAGCUUCCACAGAUGGUACAACAAGCUGCUGUGGGAAAUAUCCAGCAGAUGGUAUCCACGGCACAACAGGGCCCUACGUUGCCCCAAGGAACCACAGGGCAACAAGUUCAAGUGAUUCCGACAACUGCAACUGCUCAGGUUGUGCAACAGCAACUCAUUCAGCACCAGGUCGUAACAGCAGCCUCGCCUCAGAUCCAGACACCACCUCCUCAAAGCCCCGCUCAAACAGCAACACCCUCUGAAGUCCAAGGUCAGCAGGCAAAAGUGCAAGUGCGUACUACCCCUGCAGUGAGACUGAAAGCUCCAACAAAACCGAACUGAGCUUGUUGAGAGAAACUGGGAGCCCACCACUAAAAGAAUGUGCUUGCAGCAUUAGCUGGACUGUGCUAGAAACUAAUUUGUUUUCACUCCAUUGUGUAAUAGCCAAUGUAUAGGAAAAGCUGUCUAUAAACUUAGUGUAUAUCAUUUGAUGAAUUUUGGUGUGAAUGUAACAUGUUGAUGCACAGCAGAAACUCUGUAAAUCUUUAAAAAAAAUCUAAGGUUAAACCCUAAUCUCUUGUACAUAGUAUUUUCCUCCAGCGCAUUUUUAAUGGGCUGUUAUAUUUGUUAAAUUCAGAAAGUAGAUGUUCUAGACAACAUGAGUUCAGUAUCUCUAAAUGCAUAUUGUAGUUAGGUAAAUGUUAAGUACUGAACUGUCUGCGAGUACUUUUUUCGGUAAAAAGAAAGAAGUCAACUAGUCUUUCAAAAUAAGUUGUUCGACGUUCCUUACCCGGAAAGAAAUGUGGAUGUUUAUUAACAGAAUUUUGAUACAAGGUUUUGUAUUUUUGUUACAUUCUCUUCAUUGUGCAUUCAUGGUUCAGGUUUUGUUUUAAAGUAGUAAUGUUUAUUAAUCUGUAUGUAUAUGCACAUUAAACAUGAAAACUAUGCUA